UCUAUUAUUAAUACUGAACUCCGCUACUUGAAAGAAUAAAACAUUGCUAAUCUUCUGCGUAAUUAUUUUCCAAAUCGCUCAUAUGGCCUGUGUUUAUACUGAUUUACAUUGUAGAGUUCAUUUUCAUAACUAUAAAUCUAUAUUAUCUGACUUGACUACUAUUUAUUGACGGCUGUCGAUACUUGCCAUCUAGUUUGACUCUUAAAAAACGGCUAACUGUACAGUUACUCCGAUUGCUACAUAUAUCGUAACAGUAUGGUGAUUGUUUAUUGACCUGUUGUGCUGUAACUAGUGGAUAAAAGACAUAAACGAUGCCGCGACGUAAAAAUCGAAAACAUUCAGCAAUUGGCGAAGAUACAAGAAUUGCUGUAAACCUAACAAUAAAACGGUUAAUGGAAGAUCCUGAUCAGAGAGAAUUAGAGUAUCCGUCAUCUUACAGUGCAGAAGAGCGAGCAUACAUUCAUGAGCUUGCUAGAGAACUUGGAUUGAAGUCUAAAAGUCGUGGAAAAGGAGCAAACAGGUUCUUGACCGUAUAUAAACGAGAAGGAUCUACUAUAAUUCAAGCUGAUGCUGCAAUUAAAUUGCAAAGGCCUUCGAGACAGGGUAUUUAUAAUUUGAUACAAAAGUUUCCUUUAAGCAACAAAGAGCGGCAAGAUCUGCUUCCUCCAACAGAAAGGGAAAGAGUCGUAAAUACUAAUGUUAAUACAAAUACUACAACAAUGGGAAGGCUGAAUAAUUGUAUACCCCAAGUACCGCACCUGAAAACUAAUCAUGAGAUUUUGCCAUUUCGCAAGUCUCUACCUGUAUACAGUUCACGUAAGGAAAUUUUACACGCAUUGUGUUCUAGUCAAGUUGUGAUACUGGCAGGAGAAACUGGUAGCGGCAAAACGACUCAAGUACCUCAGUAUAUAUUAGAGCAUUAUCAACAAAAAAACCAAACUUGUAGAAUAAUUUGUACUCAACCCAGAAGGUUAUCAGCAGUAUCGGUGGCUGAAAGAGUAGCAUUUGAGAGAGAUGAAAAAAUAGGGCAUACCUUUGGCUACCAAGUUAGGCUUGAAAGUAGAGUAUCUCCAAAGACACUAUUGACAUAUUGUACAAAUGGUGUUCUUCUUAGAACAUUAAUGGGAGAUGAUUCAUCCUUGGCUAUGAUAACCCAUAUAAUCGUAGAUGAAGUUCACGAGCGUGAUAGAUUCUGUGAUUUUCUCUUAAUAACACUAAAAGACGCUCUGGUCAAAUUUCAAUCACUAAAAGUUAUUCUCAUGAGUGCAACAAUGGACAUAGAUAUAUUUGCGAAAUAUUUCAACGACUGCGCCGUUAUCAAUGUUCUCGGCAAAACUUAUGACGUCGAAUGCUAUUUCCUUGAGGAUGUAUUGAAAAUAACAGGUUACAUGAGCAAGGAUAUGCAAGCAAAAAAGAAAGAACUGACAAACAAGAAGGAUCAGCGUAAAGUCUUGGAGUCUUGGACACAGUACAAGCCCCAAAAUGCAAAGGUCAAUCCUGGUGCUGAACGAUGUCUACUUCCGGCGCCCAUUCUUGGUCAGCAAAAUGAGCCCGUUGCGGAGAAAGUAGAACUUGAGCCAUGGUUAAUAGAGGAAAUGGACAAAUCCAUAUCCGACGCUUGGCUCUGCGGUGGGGAAGAUAAUUUCGCCCAACUGCUACAUUUUAUUUUAUCGGAGAACAUUUCUGUCGAUUAUCAGCACUCAAAGACUUCCGUAACACCAUUAAUGGUAGCAGCCGGUAGAGGCUGCAUAAAUACCACUGAACAACUUCUCAAUCUAGGCGCUAAUUUAAAUAUACGUGCCGGAAAUGAAUGGACUGCACUAGAUUGGGCAAAAAACAUGAAUCAGCCAGAAUGCGCUGACUUAAUUGAAGCAUACAUGAAGACCUAUGACUGCACAGUGCAGGACCAUGAAAUAACUAAUUCUAAUAGUGCAUCUCUCUCCGAAGAUGAUAAAUUAUUGUUAGACGUAUAUCAUCAUACGUUCAAUGAUGAGAACAUAGACUAUGAUCUCUUGCUCAGUUUAAUUCUGCACAUUCAUUUAAAGAUGCCAAUGGGAUCCAUCUUAGUGUUUUUACCGGGCUACGACGAUAUUGUUAACAUGAGAGAGAAGAUCAAUGGCGAGGAGAGAAAGCUGAAUGAAAGAUUUCGGUACAGCCUUUUCAUGUUGCACUCAAACAUGCAGACUUGCGAUCAGAAAAGAAUAUUUCGGCCAAUGCCGCAAGGAGUUAGAAAGAUUAUAUUAUCCACAAACAUAGCAGAGACGAGUAUUACAGUAGAUGACGUGGUGUACGUUAUCGAUUCAGGAAAGGUAAAGGAAAAGUCAUUCGAUGCUUUAUCUAACGUAUGCAUGCUACGUUCCAAUUGGAUAUCGCAAGCAUGUGCUAAGCAAAGAAAAGGCAGGGCUGGUAGAUGUCAAAAGGGAAUUUGCUAUCGUUUAUUUUCUUCAAUACGGUACAACAGCAUGCAGGCUUAUCAGACUCCUGAGAUCUUGCGAUUGCCCUUGCAAGAAUUAUGCUUGCAUACUAAACACUUGGCACCAGGGAACACAACGAUCGCUGAAUACCUUGAAAGAGCGUUAGAACCACCAUCUAACGUGGUCACGAGAAAUGCUGUGCAGCUAUUAAAAACUAUCGAUGCUCUUGAUCCAUGGGAGGAUCUUACAGAAUUGGGAACUCAUCUCUCAGAUUUACCAGUGGAGCCACGACUUGGGAAGAUGCUGUUAUACGCUGUGACAUUGAAAUGUCUUGAUCCCAUUUUGACUAUAGUAUGUUGCUUGGCCUACAAAGAUCCAUUCGUUCUACCUGGUCAACCAUCUCAGAAACGUGCUGCCAAUGUAUCGCGCAAGAAAUUCGCUGCUGGAAGCUAUUCAGAUCACAUGGCGUUAUUGCGAGCUUUUCAAAGUUGGCAAAAUGCUAGGUCGAGUGGGUGGGAACGUAUAUUUUGUGAAAAAAACUUUAUCUCAUCCGCCGUCAUGGAAAUGGUGGUGGGAAUGCGCACGCAGCUUCUAGGUCAGUUACGUGCUUCCGGGUUUGUGAGAGCACGUGGAUCCGGCGACAUACGUGAUCUGAAUUCGAAUUCUGAAAGCUGGCCAGUAGUCAAAGCUGCAUUGACAGCUGGACUUUAUCCAAACUUGAUACGUGUCGACAGAGAACACUCUCAUCUGAGAACACAAAAGGAGGUCAAGGUAUUCUUUCAUCCCUCUUCAACGUUACGUGAUUUUGCAAAAUCGCCACGUAUGACGUCAGCCCAGUCACACUCUACUAAUGUAGACACCUUACCCAGCGAUUGGUUAUUGUACGAGGAAAUGAGUCGCUCCGGCAGAUUCUGUCAUGUAAAGACAGUCAGUUUGGUCAAUCCCAUCACUGUGGCGAUUUUCAGCGGUCCAGCAAGAUUACCAAUGGAUGUGCUUUACGAAGCUGAAUACGUUCCUGAAAGUGAAUCUGACUCCGAAGUGGACGAGAGUCACGACGGGACUACAAUAUUAAAAUUAGACGACUGGGUAGUGUUCAAAAUGGAUCCUGAAGGUGCACAACUGCUUUUACAUCUCAGACAAAAGUGGAAUGCUCUCUUUUUGCGACGUAUGAAGAGUCCCAGUAAGCCAAUGUCUCAGUUGGAUGAGCAAGUGGUCAGGACUCUCGUUGCUGUCUUAACUAACGAGGAACGCAGCUGUGGAUUACAGCAACCUUCUGGCAUUGGGCAAAGACCCCGACCUUUACUUGUAGAUUAUUAUCCAGCGAACGCAAAGCGUUCUGAUGACUUUGAUGAUGUACAUUAAAUUACUAACAUGCACUUUAUCCAUUUCAGUAAUGGCCACCGUGCUGUAUUUUCCAAGGUUGCUAGUACGAAGUUUUUAAUUUAUUUUUUCGCAGCUAGAAUGGAUUCUUUCUUGUUCUUCCAAUUAUUUAAUUCAUAUCAUAUAGAAAGUAACGUGGUACACUUGUGUUAUAAUGGCAGCUCCCGUAGCGUUUUCGUUGCGUAUUACGGAAACAUGUGAUAUACUUUAAGAAUGACUAAGUAUACUUGUGUAAAUAUUAGUCAUACGCGUAUAGCCAACAUCAUAUAAUAUUAGACAUAAUACUGUUGAUACGAUAUUGUCCCAUCGUUAUGCUCAUUUUAUCUGAUUUAUUUUUUACUACGGUAUCGCGCAUGGAUCUAUAUUUACUACUGGUUUUCUUGCACGCGGUUAACAAAUCUGGAAUGAAAGAUGAACAAAUGUAGUACAUUAAAUGUAUUAUCUUGCUGUAAGAAA